UUGUGCAGAAUUUGCGUUGAAAUUAACGAAUAUUGUGGCCAAAAUAGGUGGCCUUUCGUGAUGGCUUUUCAGUUGAGCUUGUGACCCGCUAGGGAAUCCAUCAGGUGUGCGGUCUCCUUCCGUGUGCCUUCCUCCUGAAUUAAUUAUGUCCCAGUCGCCACUUGGAGUACCAAUUAAAUGGCAAAGCCACGCAGAAAACGCUUCCGUUUGAGUCUGUGUCGACGUCCACGUUACAGCAAGCCCAAGAUCCAUGCCACAAAAUAAGCAAAAGCCACAGCAGCAGCAUCAGAAACGUUCCGCAAAUAGCAACAGCAACAGCAACAGCCAUUGAAGCCACAGGAGCAGUAGCAGUAGCAUGAUGGAUAAACGAUCCCUCUGCAUGCUGGUCAUCUGCGUGAAUCUCUGUCUCGUGAUCUGGCUGGUGAGCGUGCAACAGCCACAGAUGCUGGAGACAGAGGCCCCAGCCUCAGCAGCAGCCCUGACAGCAGAGAAGGAUGUGGAUGUGAGCAGCGAAACAGAGGAGUCGCCGCCGACGCCGCCGCCACCAUGUGGCAAAGAAAGAAUCGGGAGAGAAAGCAGGAGCUGGAGCAGGAGCUGGAGAAGCAAACCAAACCAAAUACACGACACCCCUAGUCGCAUCCCUAGUUAUAACGAUAGUUUAGAUCUAAGUCUGACUUCCCAGGCGGCGGCACCGCGAACACCCGCGCCCCAGGUCUUCACCAAUCUGAUGGAUCUGCACAAUUUCGCGUAUCUGAUGAAUCAGCCGCCCUGCGAUGCCCGUGUCCAGGCCUUGAUUCUCGUGCACACCUCGCCUUACAACCACCAGAAGCGGGCGCUCAUCCGACAGACGUGGGCCGAUAAAAAGUACAUCGAGAGGACACCCCUAAGGGUAAUCUUCCUGCUGGCGGACGUGUGGCACGAGCGGCCCAGCUGGCAGCACUUCUUGGACCAGGAGAACGCCAAGAACGGGGACAUGGUGCAGGGGAACUUCAAGGACGACUACCGGAACAUGACAUACAAACAUGUGAUGGCCCUCAAGUGGUUCAACGAGAACUGCCCCCAGGCCCAGCUGCUGGUCAAAGUGGACGACGAUGUGUACAUGAAUACGCCGCAGUUGGUCAAAUACCUGAAGGAUCCCACGCGGGCAGAGCACGACCUGCUGCUAGACCCCAACCUGCUGCUCUGCAGGCCCGUCAAGGCCCCAAGGGUUAAGCGAUCCUAUCGCUCCAAAUGGCGGGUGACGUACAAAGAGUACCCGUAUCGAUAUUAUCCGGACUAUUGUCCAGGAUUCGCCAUCGUCUACGCCCCAGAUGUGGCGCGGCGGCUGUUCAAGGCCGCGCAAAAGGCCAAAUACUUUUGGGUGGACGAUGCCCUCAUCACCGGCGUCCUGGCCAAGGAGACGCACACAAAGAUCACCAGCCUGCAGCAUGUGAUUGGCAAAACGGACACCAUGCAGCUGAUUGCCGGACAGAUUGGCUUCGACUACAAGGAGUUCCUCUUUGCCUUCCAUGGCAUCCAGCCGCACAUGUGCAACAGCCUGUGGGAUCUCACUGUGGAGACCAAUUACACGUUGGAGACGUCUCCAUCGUCCUCUUCAGCUGCUUCCUCCUCCCCUGCGCUCAGUGCGAAUACCUCCGCCAUGAGCACGGGCCUCAGUUAGUUUUAAUCUCGGCUUAGUCUCGAUUCGCGUUUAAUUUCGUUAUGGCUGUUCAGUUCUUAGGGUUUCCCUUGUAAGUCUCUCUAAGUUUUAAGUUUGAUUUUUUUGUUUAGCUAUUAUAAUUAUUAGUCGAUUAGUUAUAUAGUUAAUGUUUAGGUAGCAUUUUGUCAUGGAACAUGAGAAGCAGAGGAGGAUUUGGAGGAGAACGGAAACGGAAACAGAAACAGAAGCCGAACAAAGUCAAGUGAAACCACCACCCAACCACCUGCCUACAAUCAUUCGUAUCAUACGAGUAUAAGCUAAGCGAUUAUACAGAUAUAGUCAUACGCAAGGGAGUGCCGUGCUGUGCCGUGCCGCCUCCUGGUGAUAAGAAGAAGCCACUCUCGGACAAGUCGAAACAGCAACAGAUAAUAGCAGCCACAAAAUGCGAUUACCUUAAGCACAACUAUUUUUAAGUCGUAAGAAGACGAAUGCAAAUGCAACACAAAACACCAUAGUACUUAACGAACCAUACAAAACAGAAGAGAACAUAACAGAACAGAACAGAACAGUAGAGAUGCUGGGAGUGCUUCGAAAGUGAACGAUGAAUCCCAAACCAAAUAAUGAGCAGUGUGUGAAAGGAAAGGACGUACAGAAUACUCUCGAUAAGGGGGAAGGGGAGAACGAGGAGUGAUGCGAUGCUUCAACUAUUUUUUCUAUUGUGUAAACAUUUUUAUAGCCCAUCAUCUCUUUCGCUCUCUCUCUAUUAAUGUAUCGAUACGAUCUGAUAAAUAUACACCGUAAAUAAAAUAGAAUAAACAACAAAA